AUGACAAGCAGCGGCGGCGGCGGCGGCGGUGGCGGUAGCGCUGCCGGCACUGCCAGCGGCGCUUCCUUCACCACCGGCACCAGCACCGGCGGCGCUACCACCUCCAAGGGCGGUGCGUCGUCAUCAUCCGGCGGCGGAGGCGGCUACAGCAGCGGCGGCGCCAGCCUCAACUGCUCUGGCGGCGGCGCCGCCGCCGGCGUCAGUAUGAUGUCGUACAUGCCGAUGGGACCCAUGGGUCCGAUGGCGCCGCUGGAUCCGGCGCUGGGGAUGCCGCCGCUGCCGCUGCCGCCGGGCAGUCCGCCGAUGGCGCUGAUUCCCUCGACCCUCAGCUUGCCGCCGGGGACUGAUAUGUCUGCGUUGACCGAUUACAUGAUGAAGACCGGAGGGUUCCUAGCCCCCGGAGGCCUUAUGCCCCUGGACGUUGCGGCGCUGGGGGGCGGUGUGGGGGUCGGUGCGACGGCGGGAUACGCCCCCAUGGAUCUGCAGACGGCGUUCAUGGCCGGUAUGGUGGCGGCCCAGCCGGGCGGCUUCAUCACUGGUCUGCCCGGCUUCUACUACGGCGCCCCCCUCCCGGGCGCCCCCCUCUCUCCGAGCACCAGUGGGGCCGUGUCAGGUGAUGGCUCUCCUACGCGUAGCGGGGGCCACAGCGCCGGCAGCGGCCGCGGUGCGUCCUCUGGCAGCGCCGGCGGCGCCAGCACCAUGUCGCUGCCGCCGCCAAGUCCGUCCCGGCUGAACCCGCUGGCGCAGCCCUGGGCCGCGCCCUUCAUGGCGCGUGAUCCCAACACAGCUGGGCUGAUGGGCGGGCUGUCGGAGGGCAAGUACUGCGCGGUACUGGUACUGGUACUACUGGUGCUGGUGCUGGUGCUGGUGCUGGUGCUGGUGCUGGUGCUGGUGCUGGUGCUGGUGCUGGUGCUGGUGCUGGUGCUGGUGCUGGUGCUGGUGCUGGUGCUGGUGCUGGUGCUGGUGCUGGUGCUGGUGCUGGUGCUGGUGCUGGUGCUGGUGCUGGUGUUGUAG